AUGGCUUUCAAUUUUCCCUCAACAUCGAAUAUUCAAAAUAGCAUACAGAGUUUCAUUUCAUCACGUAUGGAUUCCAAAUUGAAGUUUAGUACAGAACCAAUGAAAGGAGAGAACGGAAUGAAAGAUUGGACUGAAUCCAUGAAAGCUGUAGCUAGGCUACCAGGAGGAAUUCCUGACUAUUUCAGAUUAAAAUUGUGGAAAACAUUAGCUGAUAAUCACAUCCAAUCAGCCGGCAUAAAUUGGAAAGAAGUUCAGAAUUCUGUUUUUAGUGACCGCUUACAAGAGAACGACGAACUAAUUCAUUCACAAAUCAUUAAGGAUUUGCAUAGAACUGGUUGGGAAGGUUUCAAAGAGGAAAAAAAGUUGAAACAAUUACUACUUGCAUUUGCACGAUAUAACAAAGACAUUGGGUACUGCCAAGGUUUUAAUAUUAUUGGAGCUCUUAUUCUUCAAGUUGUUGACUACAAUGUUCCCGACGCUUUGAAAAUCCUUCUUUUCUUGAUUGAACGUGUCAUUCCAAAUGGCUAUUUCGACCAAUCCCUUCGAGCUUUAUCAGUGGAUAUGUCUGUUUUGAAGGAUCUGCUCCAUAAUAGGCUUCCUAAAACCAUGCAACAUCUGGAUAACUUGCAACAGUCCUCAGGCAAUGAAUAUGAACCAGCUUUGACAAACGUAUUCUCAAUGCACUGGCUUUUAACUCUCUUCGCUACUUGCCUACCUCGUAAAAUUGUUUAUCGAAUAUGGGAUGCUGUUAUGCUUGAAGGGUCGGAAGUUCUGUUGCGAACAGCUUUGGCUAUUUGGGCAAAAAUAAGCAAGAAAAUACUCAUGACAAGUACAGCGGAUCAGUUCUAUGAGCUGAUGGAGAAAAUUAGUGUUCAAUUGGCGGAGAUGAGUGAUGCUGACCAAGAUAAUCUCAUUACGGUCGUGUAUACAAUGGCACCUUUUCCUUAUCCCGGGUUGAAUGAACUCAGAGAGAAAUACACGUGGAAUAUUCAACCAUUAUCUACAACAUUCAGACUGUUUCAAAAAAGUGUUUCGAGCAUAUUGCACGAAGAGACAGACUGUGACCCUAGUGUCUCCUGUUCUCCUUGUCAAAACUCUUCCCAUGAUUCCAAUGAUAAUAGGUGUAAAAAAACUGAUAUUCAACAGCUACAGGCGCAAUAUCGGAGACUUCUCAACCGUCAACGUCAAGCCUCUGUUAUUUUAAAAUCUGCGUUUGUGAAUGCACAAAACAAAUUGGCGAGUAAUGGGAGAAACUGUUCUUUCCUCAUGAACAACAAGUCCGUUUUCAAUCAUUUGAAAAUAUCCAACAGCAUGGAAUUGACAGAAACUAGUAAGCCAGGUUCUCCAACCUUAGCUUCGGGAGCUAUAGCUCUUCAAGCAAGUAUGAUUCAACCCGCCUCUACAGAUAUAAGAUCGUCUAGUAGUCCUAGGAUUGGAAACCAUAGAAGGGCAAUGUCAGAAGAUUCCGAAUCACCGUCUCUCAAGGAAAGAGAACAAGAGGAUAGACUGAGGAAGUCGAAAGCUCUGUUAAGAAGCUUCGCAGGACCAGAAGAGUAA